CGGCUCCCACUGUGGACAAACGCAUCUGGCACAAAGCGCCGUGGGGAAAGAAGACGUCACCUUCACGCCCUAUCGGGUGGGAAAAUGUCUGAUUCUUAGACUUUUUUAUUAGUCAUAUUUAUUUUCUUUACAGCCUUUUUACCUGCACACUUUGCGUCUGGUUGAGGUUUGGUCCGAAUGAACAGUCAUGGGAGAAUGGACGAUCUUGGAGCGGCUCUUGGAGGCGGCUGUCCAGCAGCACUCCACCAUGAUAGGGCGGAUCCUGCUGACAGUGGUGGUGAUUUUCCGGAUUCUGAUCGUGGCGAUAGUGGGAGAAACGGUGUACAAUGACGAGCAGUCCAUGUUCGUAUGUAACACUCUCCAGCCCGGCUGUAACCAGGCGUGUUACGACAAAGCUUUCCCAAUCUCCCACAUCAGGUACUGGGUGUUCCAGAUCAUUAUGGUCUGCUGCCCCAGCCUCUGCUUCAUCACCUACUCUGUCCACCAGUCUGCCAAGCAGAAGGAACGACGCUAUUCCACGGUCUACCUCUCCCUGGACAAGGAACAGGACUCAAUGAAGAGGGAGGACAGCAAGAAGAUCAAGAACACCAUUGUUAACGGAGUACUGCAGAACACCGAGAACUGCAACAAGGAGGCGGAGCCUGAUUGCCUGGAGACCAAGGACAUUCCCAACUCAGUCCUGCGAACUACAAAGUCCAAAAUGAGGAGACAGGAGGGCAUAUCUAGGUUCUACGUCAUCCAGGUGGUGUUCAGAAACGCACUGGAAAUCGGCUUCCUGGUGGGUCAGUAUUUCCUGUACGGAUUCAAUGUUCCUGCCGUGUACGAGUGCGAUCGGUACCCGUGCAUCAAAGAUGUGGAGUGCUAUGUCUCCAGGCCCACGGAGAAGACCGUGUUCUUGGUUUUCAUGUUUGCAGUCAGCGGGAUUUGCGUGGUGCUCAACUUAGCGGAGCUCAACCAUCUGGGCUGGAGGAAGAUCAAGGCUGCUGUUCGCGGCGUGCGAGCGAGGAGGAAGUCCAUUCAGGAGAUCCGGAACAGAGACUUGCCCAGGAUGAGUAUGCCCAAUUUCGGACGCACUCAGUCCAGUGACUCUGCGUACGUGUGAAUAUUUGGAACACAUGUGGAGAUACCUUAUGCUGAAGAAAGGACUACAAAGUCUUCAUCGACCCACCGUCCCUUGGGACCAUGGUUCACCUUUGUUGGACAUUUUAUCUUAACAACCUUUGUUGGAAAUACGUUGUGGUUCUCUUCUGACACAAGAAAAUGAAUGGCUUGUUUCAGUCCUCAUUAAGUGCAUCUUAAAGUGUUCAUGAAUGCACCGCGGCACGGAUGGAAAAGGGACAAUUUUGGACCACAGAUCGUUUUCUUUUGGACCUCGGCUUAUUCUAAAAAAUAACAGAAUAUCAUUAUUAAUUAGGAAACUAAAACUGAACUCUCAACCACUUUUUGUCCCCUCACACCGGAAAACACACACAAGAAUGAGCCUUAUUUAUGUCUUAUGGUGUGUGUCUUAUUUUCUCCUAUUAUGUUUGCUAUAGGCUGCACGGCGGUCGAGUGGUUAGCGCGCAGACCUCACAGCUCGGAGACCAAGGUUCAAUUCCACUCUCUGUGUGGAGUUUGCAUGUUCUCCCUGUGCAUGCGUGGCUUUUCUCCGGGUACUCCGGUUUCCUCCCACAUUCCAAAAACAUGCUAGGUUAAUUGGCCACUCCAAAUUGUCCGUGUGAGUGUGAAUGGUUGUUUGUCUAUAUGUGCCCUGUGAUUGGCUGGACCACCAGUCCAGGGUGUACCCCACCUCUCGCCCCAAAACAGCUGGGAUAGGCUCCAGCACCCCCCGCGACCCUCGUGAGGAUAAGCGGUGGAAAAUGAAUGAAUGAAUGAAUAUCAGGUUAUUUAUUUAUUAUAUAUUUAUGUAUUCAUUAUUAAUGAAAUGACAUUUUUGGAUAAUGUACAGCAACAAUGUGUAUAGUACAUGUGACUUAGGGACAGCCUAAUUCAUACUUAUUAAGAUGUGGAUAUUUUGUUCAGAUAGUUUAGUUCAUAUAUUGACCUACUGUGGAUCGCUUUUAUCAUAUUUAAUGUACAAAAUGUAUGAAAUUAGCCUCCGCAUCCCAUAAUGUUCUUGCAUGAGGAAAGUUUAGACACCCCUUUGGAUUCAGAAGCCAAAGGAACAUAAUGUGACCGCUCGAAUAUUCUAAUCCUCAAAUUGUUCAGUGUAAUCCAAUUUAGGAGUAAGAUUAAUAAAGUAUAAAAUAAUGAAUAUAUUUGGGAUGCCUGUGCGUGCACCACUGACCUUAAACUGAUAAUACAUCACACCUAAGCGCCCUUUUGAUUGACUGAUUUAUUUAACAUUAUUAUAAGUGCCAUAUAUAUGUACUAUAUAUAUACUUACUAUAUACUAUACUAUAACCCAUCCAACCUCUAUCAUACCAAAUGUAUGGGAUAUGUCACAUUGUCUUUGGUUUUAUUUGGGAACAGAUAAGAUGACGUCUUUGGUUUGGGUCAACACAAUGUCACUUUAAACAAUUAUCUGCAAUAAAAAGAAGCCAUAUCAACAAAUGUUGGCUGUUUGAUUUUCACAUUAACAGACCAUAUUUAUUAUUAUUUAUUGACCCUGGUCUUGGUAUCAAUAUUAUAGAUAUUUGGAUGCCCGGUACUGCUGCCUUUGCUUUUGGGGUUUGGAUUCUCCGUCUUCAAAGGCUGUGUCCACAUUUGGCUCAGCAUGAAAUAAACAUGUUGUGUGAGAGUUGUGUUGUUGCUGCUGUGGUGUGGUUCCUCUGGAGACUUACUAACCAGCCACAGCCAUUUAGACUUUCUUCCGGUUUUCAUCAUGA